AUGUCCAAUCUACGCCAUUUGAUGAACUAUGAUGAUGACAACAACACUGCUGCUAAUAAUAAUGGACACAGUAACUACAAUACUCGCAGAAGUUCCAGUAACGCAUUCAGUAUAAAUAACCUAAUCAAUGGGCCAGUGCCAUCUGCUAGCAACAGCAAUAACAAUGACAACAACAAUGACAGUGCACUUCCGAAACUAGAAUACAAUUAUGCAAGUCCACAACAAAGCGCGAUAUAUGCCAGUGGUAGUAGUAUAAGUAAUCAAGUGCCAGAACAUCACUCAACGGCAUCAGAACAAGAUGAAAAUGAUGAUGAUCAGGAUGAGGAAUAUGUCGAUGACGAUGAAGAGAAGAAAGCCACGCCGACAAAUCGCGUAUCACAAGAGCAGAUACUAGCCAGUUUCGAACGCAUCAAGACCCAUUUCCCUGCCGCCAGGAUCAAGAAGAUUAUGCAAAGUGAUGAAGAAAUUGGUAAAGUUGCCCAAGCCACCCCCAUAAUUGUUGGAAGAGCAUUGGAAAUCUUUAUGGCCAAUUUGGUUGAAGUUUCUGUGUUGCAAGCUAAACAACAAGGUGUGAAACGAAUCACUGCGUCUCAUGUGAAGUCAGCUAUUGAAAAUACCGAACAGUUUGAUUUUUUGGUUGAAGCGGUUGAAAAGUAUCCUUCGUUGAAGAACUAA